AUGUCGUGGAAGAGGAAUUACUUUGCGUCGGGCGGUGGUGGCGUAAGUCCUGGUGGAGGGCUACAGGGCCUGAUCACGACCCCUCGGACUAUGGCCUCGUUUGCCCCGAGUAAAGGCCUCAGCAAUGAACCUGGACAGAACAGCUGCUUCCUAAACAGUGCUCUGCAGGUACACACACACACACACACACAGACACACACACACACACACACAGACACACAGAGGCUAUGCUGGACUGUCAUUCUCAGUGAUCUCUUACUCUCUGAGUCCCUGGGGAGCAAUGAUGGGGUGAUGAGAUAGUGAGAGGGAGAGAGAGAAAGAUACAGAGAGAGAAAGAAAGAAAGAAAGAAAGAAAGACAGUGAGAGAGGGAGAGAAGGAGGAGGUAUGAUAGAGAGAGGGAGAGAGGGAGAGAUUAGUUUCCCUUUUGUACUUUAACUAUUUGCACAUGGUUACAACACUGUAUAUAGACAUAAUAUGACAUUUGAAAUGUCUUUAUUCUUUUGGAACUUUUGUGAGUGUAAUGUGUACUGUUAAUCUUUUUUUUUUGGGGGGGGGGCAAUGCAAAUAGUCUGUAUAGCCAUUUAAUUAGCUGUUCAGGAGUCUUACGGCUUGGGGGUAGAAGCUGUUAAGAAGCCUUUUGGACCUAGACUUGGCGCUCCGGUACCGCUUUCAGUUUUCCCCUCCCCACUCAGAUCACUGUCUUAGCUAAAUUCUUGCUUGAGAAAUUACUCCUUUCUAAUAAACUAUUUUUGUUUAUUUUUGACCAUUUUAAUUUAAAACAAUCACAGUAAGGUAUUUAAUUGUUACCCGGAAAUUAUUUGAUAUUUAGAUCAAAACGUCUGCAUUGGACCUUUAAAAAUGUAAAUAUGUAAAAUAUAUAAAAAAUGUAAAUAUAUAAAAUGUAUGUUUUCUCUUUAGGUUCUGUGGCAUCUGGAUAUCUUCCGUAGAAGUUUCCGUCAGCUGACCACCCACAAGUGUAUGGAAGACUCCUGCAUCUUCUGUGCCCUCAAGGUAGGUGUCCAAGGGCCCUUAAUUCUUAGGUAGCACUUAUUUAGCUGUUAUGAGUGUGUGUGUUCUAUAAUGCAUUCUAAUGAUGUUGUGUGUGUUCAAUAAUGCAUUCUAAUGGUGCUGUGUGUGUUCAAUAAUGCAUUCUAAUGAUGCUGUGUGUGUUCUAUAAUGCAUUCUAAUGAUGCUGUGUGUGUUCUAUAAUGCAUUCUAAUGAUGCUGUGUGUGUUCUAUAAUGCAUUCUAAUGAUGCUGUGUGUGUUCUAUAAUGCAUUCUAAUGAUGCUGUGUGUGUUCUAUAAUGCAUUCUAAUGAUGCUGUGUGUGUUCUAUAAUGCAUUCUAAUGAUGCUGUGUGUGUUCUAUAAUGCAUUCUAAUGAUGCAGUGUGUGUUCUAUAAUGCAUUCUAAUGAUGCUGUGUGUGUUCUAUAAUGAAUUCUAACGAUGCUGUGUGUGUUCUAUAAUGCAUUCUAAUGAUGCUGUGUGUAUGGGUGUGUGUCUGUCUGAGUACAUUGUGUAGUGUAACAGUGUUGGUGUGUACAGAGAUGUCUGCAUUGUAUAAUGUAGUGUUGUCGGUGUGUACUAUGUGUGUGUCCGGCGGCUUGUGGGUGUGUAGUGGUGAAUCUGUGUGUGUUUUACAAGCUGUUCUGUCUCCUGAGCCGCUCUGUAAUUAAUUGGCUGACUGAAAGAGCUGAGCCAGCAGAACCCACGCUGGGGUGCCGCACACGCAUGCACACACACACACACGCACACACGCGCACACACGCACACACACGCACAUACACACACACACACAAAUACACACACACACACACACACACACACACACAUACAGUCGUAGUCAAAAGUUUUGAGAAUGACACAAGUAUUGGUCUUCACAAAGUUUGCUGCUUCAGUGUUUUUAGAUAUUUUUGUCAGAUGUUACUAUGGUAUACUGAAGUAUAAUUACAAGCAUUCCAUAAGUGUCAAAGGCUUUUAUUGACAAUUACAUAAAAUGUAUGCAAAGAGUCAAUAUUUGCAGUGUUGACCCUUCUUUUUCAAGACCUUUGCAAUCCGCCCUGGCAAGCUGACAAUUAACUUCUAGGCCACAUCCUGACUGAUGGCAGCCCAUUCUUGCAUAAUCAAUGCUUGGAGUUUGUCAGAAAUUGUGGCUUUUGUUUGUCCACCUGCCUCUUGAGGAUUGACCACAAGUUCUCAAUGGGAUUAAGGUCUGGGGAGUUUCCUGGCCAUGGACCCAACAUUUCGAUGUUUUGUUCCCCAAGCCACUUACUUAUCACUUUUGCCUUAUGGCAAGGUGCUCCAUCAUGCUGGAAAAGGCAUUGUUCGUCACCAAACUGUUCUUGGAUGGUUGGGAGAAGUUGCUCUUGGAGGAUGUGUUGAUACCAUUAUUUAUUCAUGGCUGUGUUCUUAGGCAAAAUUGUGAGUGAGCCCACUCCCUUGGCUGAGAAGCAACCCCACACAUGAAUGGUCUCAGGAUGCUUUACUGUUGGCAUGACACGGGACUGAUGGUAGCGCUCACCUUGUCUUCUCCGGACAAGGUGUUUUCCGGAUGCCCCAAACAAUCGGAAAGGGGAUUCGUCAGAGAAAAUGACUUUACCCCAGUCCUCAGCAGUCCAAUCCCUGUACCUUUUGCAGAAUAUCAGUCUGUCCCUGAUGUUUUUCCUGGAGAGAAGUGGCUUCCUCGCUGCCCUUCUUGACACCAGGCCAUCCUCCAAAAGUAUUUGCCUCACUGUGCGUGCAGAUGCACUCACACCUGCCUGCUGCCAUUCCUGAGCAAGCUCUGCACUGGUGGUGCCCCGAUCCCACAGCUGAAUCAACUUUAGGAGACGGUCCUGGCGCUUGCUGGACUUUCUUGGGCGCCCUGAAGCAUUCUUCACAACAAUUGAUCCUCUCUCUUUGAAGUUCUUGAUGAUCCGAUAAAUGGUUGAUUUAGGUGCAAUCUUACUAGCAGCAAUAUCCUUGCCUGUGAAGCCCUUUUUGUGCAAAGCAAUGAUGACGGCACGUUUUUCCUUGCAGGUAACCAUGGUUAACAGAGGAAGAACAAUGAUUUCAAGCACCACCCUCCUUUUAAAGCUUCCAGUCUGUUAUUCUAACUCAAUCAGCAUGACAGAGUGAUCUCCAGCCUUGUCCUCAUCAAAACUCUCACCUGUGUUAACGAGAGAAUCACUGACAUGAUGUCAGCUGGUCAUUUUGUGGCAGGGCUGAAAUGCAGUGGAAAAGUCUUUGGGGGAUUAAGUUCAUUUUCUUGGCAAAGAGGGAUUUUGCAAUUAAUUGCAAUUAAUCUGAUCACUCUUCAUAACAUUCUGGAGUAUAAUCAAAUUGCCAUCAUAAAAACUGAAGCAGCAGACUUUGUGAAAAUUUAUAUUUGUGUCAUUCUCAAAAUGUUUGACCACGACUGUACACUCAUUUACAAAUCACACCAUAUUCCCCAUAGGGUUAGAGCUGCGAUGUAUCUGAGACGUUGUCUCAAAUGACAAGAACCUUGUCUCAAACCGACAAUAACUUUUGAACAUCAGAUUGGCAGUUACUUUCCCAAAUUCCAGCUUCAACUUCGACUAAUCUGCCCCUGGGCUCUCUCUGUAAUACAGCCCCAAUUUUCGGGCUACCCAAGAGGAAACGUCAGCUUUACAGAGGGGGUCAAGGCGAAGGGAAAACUGGCCACCUCUUCACUCCUUUCUUCUAGCCAAUAAUAAGAUGGAUGACCUCUCGAAACUGCUAUUUUUUUUGCUUUUCUGAAACAUGGCUCUCGGACAAGAUACCCCCCAUUGCUAUCCAACUCGAUGGAUUCUCCAUUCACUGGGCGGACAGUACAGUGGAGUCUGGAAAAUCGAGGGGGGGAGGGGUUUGCCUCUACAUCAACACCAACUGGUGUGCUAACUCGACCACUGUUCACCCAUAUUGGAAUAUUUUAUGGUCAAAUGCUGACCCUUCGACCUACCGAGGGAGUUUUCAGCUGUUAGCGUGACUGUUGUAUACAUUCCACCUCAGGACAAGAAAAAUAACAAGCUGGCACUUAACAAACUGUACAAGGCUAUAAACAAGCAAGAAAACCUACACUCAGAGGCUGCUUUUCUGGUUUCUGGCAAUUUUAAUUCUGCGCCACUAAGACACGUGAUGCCCAACUUCCAUCAACACGUCUCCAACACCACUAGGGGCGAUAAAGUCCUAGACCACUGUUAUUCUACCCACAAGCAAGCAUAAAAGGAACUCCCUCGUCCGCCAUUCGGCAAAUAAGAUCAUGACUCCGUACUCCUGCUUCCUGUUUACAAGCAGAAACUCAAAUAGGACGUACCCGUGACUCGCGCCAUUGAGAAAUGGUCACCAGAAUCUUAGAUUAUGCUACAGGACUGCUUUGCUAGCGCUGAUUUGGAAUAUGUUUUGAGACUCUGCUGAUAACGUUGAUGAGCUAACCACCUCCGUCACUGGCUUCAUUAUAAAAUGUAUCGGCGACGUUGUCCCCACGGGGAGGGUUCGCUGCUUCCCCAAUCAAAAGCCCUGGACUAAACUAAAGGACAGGGCUACCGCACACAGAGCUAUCGUAGACAACCCUGAGGCUACGACCGAGGACAGGAAUAAAUACAAGAAUAAAUACAAGAAGUCCUGCUAUGACCUCCGCAGAGUCAUCAAAUUAGCAAAAGGACAAUAUAUGAAUAAGUUGGAAUCAUAUUACACAGGCUCCGACGCCCGCCGCAUGUGGCAGGGGGCUACAGUCCAUUAUGGAUUACAAAGGAAGACCCAGCCGUGAUCUGCCCAACGAUGCCUCUCUACCAGACGAACUCAAUGCAUUUGGUGCACGCUUUGACAACAACAACAACAACAUCAUGCCGGGUGUUAGGGCCGUCACCGACCCAGAGGAAUGGGUGAUCUCGCUCUCCGAGGCUGACCUGAGAAAGGUCAACACCCGCAAGUGUGUAUUCCAGGACGCGUUCUCAGAGAAUGCGCAGAACAGCUGGCAGGCAUGUUCACAGUAAUUUUCAACCUCUCCUUGUCCCAGUAUGUAAUCCCCACAUUUUAAGAUGACCACAAUCAUUACUGUCCCCAAGAACUCUAAGGCUUUGCCACCAAGACUACCGCCCUGUAGUCACUUCUGUAAUCUUGAAGUGCUUUGAGAGGCUGGUUAUGGCACACAUUAACUCCACCAUCCCAGACACCCUAGACCCACUCCAAUUUGCAUACCGCCCCAACAGAUCCAUAGAUGACGCAAUCUCAAUUGCUCUCCACACUGCCCUCACCCACCUUGAUAAGAGGAAUACCUACGUGAGAAUGCUGUUCAUUGACUAUCUAUCCAUCUAGGACCUCUAUAUGAGGCAGAGUGGUAGGAAGGCCCGGAAAAUCAUUAAAGACUCCAACCACCCAAGCCAUAUACUAUUUUCUCUGCUUCCGCACGGCAAGCGGUACCGGUUAAGUCUGGCACCAACAGGCUCAUAAACAUCGGAAUUCGCUAAUUCAACAAUGAGAGGUUUGGAAGGAAUCAGUGGCUAACUGCGAGUAUCGCAAAGCAAUCACUAUUUUGCUUCCCCUGCCUGGUAUUCGGUGGGGAGGGUGUGUGGUCCAAGUCUGGGAUUAAGGAUUUAAAACAUCUGUCUGAAAGGGUCUAUUUUCCAAGCUUAAAAGGAUAAACAUGCACAAGCAACACCAUGGGCCAGAAAAGGUUGAAAACAUUGGCCAUGCUCUCAAUCCAGCAUGAAUUCUUCCGCGUUCCAAACAACUGGGAACUCAGAACUUGGAACUGGGAAAUCUCCGACUUCCGACUUCAGUGCGUUCAAGACAACUGGGAACUCUGAAAAAAACGAGCUCCGACUGGGAGAAUACGUUUUGAACUGUCAUCCAACUCGGAAUUCCAAGUCGGGAACUCGGGCCUCUUUCUAGAACUCCAACUUUCCGACCUGAAAAUCACUGACGUCAUGAUUCUACCUCGUUUUUUUCCAAUUGUCUAGAAAGCACCAUAAAACCAGAGAAUGCCAAACUUUGAUGACUAAGUUUCAUGACAAAGUUUGCCCACAAGAAGGACCACCACGCCACCUUCCUGUUCAAGUGAGCACAGCACAACAACGGUCCAAAAAUAUAUAUUGUAUACUGCUGCUUAAAUAAUGCAAUAUGAUACUGUAUGUAUACCGUAGCUAAGAAUGUAAUACUAUGUGUAUGUUGUGUAGUAAGCUGUUAAUAGCCCAUGUGUCUCACCCUAAGAAUUUGGUCCAUCUCCCCCUCAGAACAUAGCCUACUGUUCUGACUUAGUGGUGCACAUGUAGCCUAUUGCCUAUUUUAGAGAAAUGUCAUCAUCGAAUAUUGUAAAAGCUUUCAUUGUCUGCUUAUACAGUUGAAGUCGGAAGUUUACAUACAGUGGGGAAAAAAAGUAUUUAGUCAGCCACCAAUUGUGCAAGUUCUCCCAUUUAAAAAGAUGAGAGAGUCCUGUAAUUUUCAUCAUAGGUACACGUCAACUAUGACAGAGGAAACAAAAUCCAGAAAAUCACAUUGUAGGAUUUUUAAUGAAUUUAUUUGCAAAUUAUGGUGGAAAAUAAGUAUUUGGUCAAUAACAAAAGUUUCUCAAUACUUUGUUAUAUACCCUUUGUUGGCAAUGACACAAGUCUUCACAAGGUUUUCACACACUGUUGCUGGUAUUUUGGCCCAUUCCUCCAUGCAGAUCUCCUCUAGAGCAGUGAUGUUUUGGAGCUGUCGAUGGGCAACACGGACUUUUUCAACUCCCUCCAAAGAUUUUCUAUGGGGUUGAGAUCUGGAGACUGGCUAGGCCACUUCAGGACCUUGAAAUGCUUCUUAUGAAGCCACUCCUUCGUUGCCCGGGCGGUGUGUUUGGGAUCAUUGUCAUGCUGAAAGACCCAGCCACGUUUCAUCUUCAAUGCCCUUGCUGAUGGAAGGAGGUUUUCACUCAAAAUCUCACGAUACAUGGCCCCAUUCAUUCUUUCCUUUACACGGAUCAGUCGUCCUGGUCCCUUUGCAGAAAAACAGCCCCAAAGCAUGAUGUUUCCACCCCCAUGCUUCACAGUAGGUAUGGUGUUCUUUGGAUGCAACUCAGCAUUCUUUGUCCUCCAAACACGACGAGUUGAGUUUUUACCCAAAAGUUAUAUUUUGGUUUCAUCUGACCAUAUGACAUUCUCCCAAUCCUCUUCUGGAUCAUCCAAAUGCACUCUAGCAAACUUCAGACGGGCCUGGACAUGUACUGGCUUAAGCAGGGGGACACGUCUGGCACUGCCGGAUUUGAGUCCCUGGCGGCGUAGUGUGUUACUGAUGGUAGGCUUUGUUACUUUGGUCCCAGCUCUCUGCAGGUCAUUCACUAGGUCCCCCCGUGUGGUUCUGGGAUUUUUGCUCACCGUUCUUGUGAUCAUUUUGACCCCACAGGGUGAGAUCUUGCAUGGAGCUCCAGAUCGAGGGAGAUUAUCAGUGGUCUUGUAUGUCUUCUAUUUCCUAAUAAUUGCUCCCACAGUUGAUUUCUUCAAACCAAGCUGCUUACCUAUUGCAGAUUCAGUCUUCCCAGCCUGGUGCAGGUCUACAAUUUUGUUUCUGGUGUCCUUUGACAGCUCUUUGGUCUUGGCCAUGGUGGAGUUUGGAGUGUGACUGUUUGAGGUUGUGGACAGGUGUCUUUUAUACUGAUAACAAGUUCAAACAGGUGCCAUUAAUACAGGUAACGAGUGGAGGACAUAGGAGCCUCUUAAAGAAGAAGUUACAGGUCUGUGAGAGCCAGAAAUCUUGCUUGUUUGUAGGUGACCAAAUACUUAUUUUCCACCAUAAUUUGCAAAUAAAUUCAUUACAAAUCCUACAAUGUGAUUUUCUGGAUUUUUUUUUCUCAAUUUGUCUGUCAUAGUUGACGUGUACCUAUGAUGAAAAUUACAGGCCUCUCUCAUCUUUUUAAGUGGGAUAACUUUUUUCCCCCACUGUACACUUAGGUUGGAGUUAUUAAAACUCAUUUUUCAACCACUCCACAAAUUUCUUGUUAACAAACUAUAGUUUUGGCAAGUCGGUUAGGACAUCUACUUUGUGCAUGACACAAGUAAAUUUUCCAAAAAUUGUUUACAGACAGAUUAUUUCACUUAUAAUUCACUGUAUCACAAUUCCAGUGGGUCAGAAGUUUACAUACACUAAGUUGACUGUGCCUUUGAACAGCUUGGAAAAUUCCAGAAAAUGAUGUCAUGGCUUUAGAAGCUUCUGAUAAGCUAAUUGACAUCAUUUGAGUCAAUUGGAGGUGUACCUGUGGAUGUAUUUCAAGGCCUACGUUCAAACUCAGUGCCUCUUUGCUUGACAUCAUGGGAAAAUCAAAAGAAAUCAGCCAAGACCUCAGAAAAAAAUUGUAGACCUCCACAAGUCCGGUUCAUCCUUAGGAGCAAUUUCCAAACGCCUGAAGGUACCACGUUCAUCUGUACAAACAAUAGUACACAAGUAUAAACACCUUGGGACCACGCAGCCGUCAUACCACUCAGGAAGGAGACGUGUUCUGUCUCCUAGAGAUGAACGUACUUUGGUGCGAAAAGUGCAAAUCAAUCCCAGAACAGCAAAGGACCUUGAGAAGAUGCUGGAGGAAACAGGUACAAAAGCAUCUAUAGCCACAGUAAAACGAGUGCUAUAUCGACAUAACCUGAAAGGCCGCUCAGCAAGGAAGAAGCCAAUGCUCCAAAAACGCCAUAAAAAAGCCAGACUAUGGUUUGCAACUGCACAUGGGCACAAAGAUUGUACUUUUUGGAGAAAUGUCCUCUGGUCUGAUUAAACAAAAAUAGAACUGUUUGGCCAUAAUGACCAUUGUUAUGUUUGGAGGAAAAAGGGGAAGGCUUGCAAGCCGAAGAUCACCAUCCCAACCGUGAAACACGGGGGUGGCAGCAUCAUGCUGUGGGUGUGCUUUCCUGCAGGAUGGACUGGUGCACUUCACAAAAUAGAUGGCAUCAUGAAGAAGGAAAAUUAUGUGGAUAUAUUGAAGCAACAUCUCAAGACAUCAGUCAGGAAGUUAAAGCUUGGUCGCAAAUGGGUCUUCCAAAUGGACAAUGACCCCAAGCAUCCUUCCAAAGUUUGGCAAAAUGGCUUAAGGACAACAAAGUCAAGGUAUUGGAGUGGCCAUCACACAGCCCUGACCUCAAUCCUAUAGAACAUUUGUGAGCAGAACUGAAAAAGCGUGUGCGAGCAAGGAGGCCUACAAACCUGACUCAGUUACACCUGCUCUGUCAGGAGGAAUGGGCCAAAAUUCACCCAACUUAUUGUGGGAAGCUUGUGGAAGGCUACCCGAAACGUUUGACCCAAGUUAAACAAUUUAAAGGCAAUGCUACCAAAUGCUAAUUGAGUGUAUGUAAACUUCUGACCCACUGGGAAUGUGAUGAAAUAAAUAAAAUCUGAAAUAAAUCAUUCUCUCUACUAUUAUUCUGACAUUUCACAUUCAUAAAAUAAAGUGGUGAUCCUAACUGACCUAAGACAGGGCAUUUUUACUAGGAUUAAAUGUCAGGAAUUGUGAAAAACUGAGUUUAAAUGUAUUUGGCUAAGGUGUAUGUGAACUUCCGACUUCAACUGUAUUUGGCUAAGGUGUAUGUAAACUUCCAACUUCAACUGUAUGCGGCUUGUAUGUGUGGAGGCCUGGAGAUGUUAAACUGUUCAUGUUAAUUAACGGUCAAUUACCGUGAGACCUCCCGUGUUUUGCAUGACAAUAACCAGCUGACAAAAUUGACCGCCACACUCGAACUCGGGACACAAUUUUCACUUUGGCCCUCCUUCUGCACUGGUAGGAGAGAGAGAGUGGGAGGGUGAGGAGAGAGAGAGGAGGAGAGAGGGAGAUGGAGAGAGAUAGAGGGGGAGUGACAGGGGGAGGGAGAGAUGAAUGAAUGUGGUAGUGGUGUCGAUUGCGCCUGUCCUCUCUUAAUGAUGCUUAGGAAUUUUCCCCUCAGAUCAAUCACACACACACCUCCCUCCUCUCCCUUUCUAUAUCUCUCCUCCUCCCUUCCUCUCUCCUUCCCUCCCUCCCUCCCUCCCUCUCUGUAGGGUAUAUUCCCCCUCUAUUCUCCUUGGCGCAUUGCUGCAGUCAGCAGCGCCACCGUGACACACACAUGCACACUCACGCGCGCACACACACACACACACACCUCUCUAGCCUUAAAAGGGUAUCCCAGUUUGGCUGUAGUGAAACAAUGAGCAAAGAGGUAAUAGUACUGUUGUAAUGUUAAUAGUAGUACUGUUGUAAUGUUAAUAGUAGUACUGUUGUAAUGUUAAUACUAGUACUGUUUUAAUGUUAAUAGUAGGACUGUUGUAAUGAUAAUAGUAGCACUGUUGUAAUGAUAAUAGUUGUACUGUUGUAAUGUUAAUAGCAGUACUGUUGUAAUAUUAAUAGCAGUACUGUUGUAAUGAUAAUAGUAGUGCUGUUGUAAUGAUAAUAGUAGUACUGUUGUAAUGUUAAUAGUAGUACUGUUGUAAUGUUAAUAGUAGUACUGUUGUAAUGAUAAUAGUAGUACUGUUGUAAUGUUAAUAGUAGUACUGUUGUAAUGUUAAUAGUAGUACUGUUGUAAUGUUAAUAGCAGUACUGUUGUAAUAUUAAUAGCAGUACUGUUGUAAUGAUAAUAGUAGUACUGUUGUAAUGAUAAUAGUAGUACUGUUGUAAUGUUAAUAGUAGUACUGUUGUAAUGUUAAUAGUAGUACUGUUGUAAUGUUAAUAGUAGUACUGUUGUAAUGUUAAUAGUAGUACUGUUGUAAUGUUAAUAGUAGUACUGUUGUAAUGAUAAUAGUUGUACUGUUGUAAUGUUAAUAGUUGUACUGUUGUAAUGAUAAUAGUUGUACUGUUGUAAUGUUAAUAGUAGUACUGUUGUAAUGUUAAUAGUAGUACUGUUGUAAUGUAUAAUAGUAGUACUGUUGUAAUGUUAAUAGUAGUACUGUUGUAAUGUUAAUAGUAGUACUGUUGUAAUGAUAAUAGUGUACUGUUGUAAUGUUAAUAGUAGUACUGUUGUAAUGUUAAUAGUAGUACUGUUUAUGUAAUAGUAGUCUGUUGUAAUGAUAAUAGUAGUACUGUUGUAAUGAUAAUAGUAGUACUGUUGUAAUGUUAAUAGUAGUACUGUUGUAAUGUUAAUAGUAGUACUGUUGUAAUGUUAAUAGUAGUACUGUUGUAAUGUUAAUAGUAGUACUGUUGUAAUGUUAAUAGUAGUACUGUUGUAAUGAUAAUAGUAGUACUGUUGUAAUGAUAAUAGUAGUACUGUUGUAAUGAUAAUAGUAGUACUGUUGUAAUGUUAAUUAGUACGUUGUAAUGUAUGUAGACUGUGUAUGAAUAGUAGUACUGUUGUAAUGAUAAUAGUGUACUGUUGUAAUGUUAAUAGUAGUACUGUUGUAAUGAUAAUAGUUGUACUGUUGUAAUGUUAAUAGUAGUACUGUUGUAAUGAUAAUAGUAGUACUGUUGUAAUGUUAAUAGUAGUACUGUUGUAAUGUUAAUAGUAGUACUGUUGUAAUGAUAAUAGUAGUACUGUUGUAAUGAUAAUAGUUAUACUGUUGUAAUGUUAAUAGUAGUACUGUUGUAAUGAUAAUAGUAGUACUGUUGUAAUGAUAAUAGUUGUACUGUUGUAAUGAUAAUAGUAGUGCUGUUGUAAUGAUAAUAGUAGUACUGUUGUAAUGUUAAUAGUAGUGCUGUUGUAAUACUUCUCCUCUUGUUGUCCAACCAAGAUACAACCACUUGGACAGAGUUGUAUUAUGCUACUGUAUGUUCUACUCCGGUAAAGCUGCAAUAUGCUCAGUUCUAGUGUGUGUGUGUGUGUGUGUGUGUGUGUGUGUGUGUGUGUGUGUGUGUGUGUGUGUGUGUGUGAGUAUAGAGUAUCUUUGCCCAGUUCCAGUUCAGCAGUGAGCGUGUGUUACCGUCGGACGUGUUGCGGAGCGCGCUAGCCAAGACCUUCCAGGACGAACAGCGCUUCCAGCUGGGGAUCAUGGACGACGCAGCCGAAUGCUUCGUAAGCCUAACACCCACACACACACACGCACUGACACACAGGCACAGUCUUUCACUCCAGUCCUGCUCUAACACACCUGAUUGUAAUUAAUAAGCUGAAUUAGGUGUGUUAGUGCAGGGCUGGAACUAAAUCCUGCAAGAGGAGGGUUGUCUAACUAACUCCAGUCUGCCAUUUAGCUAAGAACACUGUCCCUCUCUAUAGGACUAUCGGGACAUACAGGACGUAUCUGUGUUUAUCACAAUGUGAAAGUGUUUGUUCCUUUUAGUGUGAAAGUGUUUGUUCCUCCCAGUGUGUAAGUGUUUGUUCCUCCCAGUGUGUAAGUGUUUGUUCCUCCCAGUGUGUAAACAUUGAUACAGAUAAUUGCUUUUAAGCUAAUAAGAGAUGGCGUGAUCAGUCAACGGACAGAGGAGGAGAGAGGAGGAGGGGAGAGGAGGAGGGGAAAGGAGGAGGAGGAGGAAGAUGGGAGAGGAGGAGGAGGAGGAAGAGCGGAGAGGAGGAGGGGAGAGGCGGAGAGGAGGAGGGGAGAGGCGGAGAGGAGGAGGGGAGAGGAGAUGGAGGAGGGGAGAGGAAGAGGGGAGAGGAGGAGGAGGGGGAGGAGGAGGAAGAGUUAGGGGAGGGUGGCAGGGGAGGGGUGGGGAGGAGAGUGAAAACAGGGAAAGGGACGGAGGAUAGAGAGAGGGAGAAAGAGGGUGGUGGGGGGGUUUGGGACAGAGCGAUAGAGGCUAUUUUUCCCUCUCCUACACAGCAGAGUUAGAUCCUCUACUCACCUCCACUGUGUGUGUGUGUGUGUGUGUGCACCUGGAUAGGUGUGUGUCAGGGAUGUACUAGCUGAUCGAUUGGUAGUAACUGAGUUUAGUCAGGACAUCCAGCAGGUCUUAGGAAAUAUAGAUGCUGCAUCCACAAUCACAUUAACUAGAGCACACCCACACACACACACACACACACACACACACACACACACACACACACACACACACUCACACUCACACUCACACUCACACACACACACACACUCACACACACACACACACACACACACACACACACACACACACACACACACACACACUCACACACACACACACACACACACAAUCUGUGUAACCCUGUAUAACCAACAAGAUCUCACGGUUUGACUUCAGUAUUCAACGUUUGUCCAGGAGUGGAUAAACGUCACAUUUUGACGGUUAAGUUUAGGCAAUAAUUCCGAAUGGUUCAGGUAAGGGUUAAGGUUUAGGAUAAGGCACUGGGAUUGAACACGCGGCCUUCGGAGACGGAGCUCGCAGCUUACGUCCAUCCGGCCAUUCCCAUCCACAACGCCCUAGCAAACUGCAAGCCUACUUGAUUGUAAUGGUGCUCACCAUUGUCCCUAGAGGCCGGUUUUGAAGGCAUCUCUCGACGUCCUGGGACCUGGACAGACAUUGAAUAUCGCCUUGGAUCUCGACUGACUUGGCUGUGUGUGUGUGUGUGUGGGUUACAGGAGAACCUGCUGAUGCGUAUCCAUUUCCACAUCAGCGGCGAGACCAGAGAGGACAUCUGUACAGCUGAACACUGUAUACCACACCAGAAGUUCGCCAUGACGCUGUUCGAACAGGUGGGACAUACAGUGCAUUCGGAAAGUAUUCAGACCCCUUCGGUUUUCCCACAUUUUGUUACGUUACAGCCUAAUUCUAAAAUGGAUUAAAUUAUUUAUUUUUUCUCAUCAAUCUAUACACAAUACCCCAUAAUGACGAAGCGAAAACAGGUUUAAACAUUUUAGCAAAUGUAUAAAAAAGAAAAAAAAAUGGAAAUACCUUAUUUACAUAAGUAUUCAGACCCUUUGCAAUGAGACUCAGGUGCAUCCUGUUUCCAUUGAUCAUCCUUGAGAUGUUUUUACAACGUUUUUUAUUUGUUAUUUUUCUAACUUUUUGUUAGGGGGUAGAUCAGCUUUAAUAUUGCAGAUAGAUUGUAACUUCCAUCAAUGUAAUUGUCUGCAUCACUUCCAAUUCCCCAUAUGUUUUUUCCCCCGCAAAAUAUAUAUAUAUAUAUUAUAUAUAUAUAUAUAUAUAUAUAACUAUAUAUAUACAGUGAAGUUGGAAGUUUACAUACACCUUAGCUAAAUACAUUUAAACUCAGUUUUUCACAAUUCCUGACAUUUAAUCCUAGUAAAAUUCCCUUCUUAGGUCAGUUAGGAUCACCACUUUAUUUUAAGAAUGUGAAAUGUCAGAAUAAUAGUAGAGAGAAUGACAUAUUUCAGCUUUUAUUUAUUUCAUCACAUUCCCAGUGGGUCAGAAGUUUACAUACACUCAAUUAAUAUUUGGUAGCAUUGCCUUUAAAUUGUUUAACUUGGGUCAAACGUUUCGGGUAGCCUUCCACAAGCUUCCCACAAUAAGUUGGGUGAAUUUUGGCCCAUUCCUCCUGACAGAGCAGGUGUAACUGAGUCAGGUUUGUAGGCCUCCUUGCUCGCACACGCUUUUUCAGUUCUGCCAACAAAUUUUCUAUAGGAUUGAGGUCAGGGCUUUGUGAUGGCCACUCCAAUACCUUGACUUUGUUGUCCUUAAGCCAUUUUGCCACAACCUUGGAAGGAUGCUUGGGUCAUUGUCCAUUUGGAAGACCCAUUUGCGACCAAGCUUUAACUUCCUGACUGAUGUCUUGAGAUGUUUCUUCAAUAUAUCCACAUAAUUUUCCAACCGUGAAGUGCACCAGUCCAUGCUGCAGCAAAGCACCCCCACAGCAUGAUGCUGCCCCCCCGUGCUUCACGGUUGGGAUGGUGAUCUUCGGCUUGCAAGCCUUCCCCUUUUUCCUCCAAACAUAACAAUGGUCAUUAUGGCCAAACAGUUCUAUUUUUGUUUCAUCAUGAUUUGCACUUUUAGCACCAAAGUACGUUAAUCUCUAGGAGACAGAACACGUCUUCUUCCUGAGCGGUAUGACGGCUGCGUGGUCCCAUGGUGUUUAUACUUGCGUACUAUUGUUUGUACAGAUGAACGUGGUACCUUCAGGCAUUUGGUAAUUGCUCCCAAGGAUGAACCGGUCUUGUGGAGGUCUACAAUUGUUUUUCUGAAGUCUUGGCUGAUUUCUUUUGAUUUUCCCAUGAUGUCAAGCAAAGAGUCACUGAGUUUGAAGGUAGGCCUUGAAAUACAUCCACAGGUACACCUCCAAUUGACUCAAAUUAUAUCAAUUAGCCUAUCAGAAGCUUCUAAAACCAUGACAUCAUUUUCUGGAAUUUUCCAAGCUGUUUAAAGGCACAGUCAACUUAGUGUAUGUAAACUUCUGACCCACUGGAAUUGUGAUACAGUGAAUUAUAAGUGAAAUAAUCUGUCUGUAAACAAUUGUUGGAAAAUGUACUUGUGUCAUGCACAAAGUAGAUAUCCUAACCGACUUGCCAAAACUAUAGUUUGUUAACAAGAAAUUUGUGGAGUGGUUGAAAAACGAGUUUUAAUGACUCCAACCUAAGUGUAUGUAAACUUCCGACUUCAACUGUAUAUACACUACCGUUCAAAAGUUUGGGGCCAAUUAGAAAUGUCCUUAUUUUUUAAAGAAAAGCACUUUUUUUGUCUAUUAAAAUAUCAUCAAAUUUAUCAGAAAUACAGUGUAGACAUUGUUAAUGUUGUAAAUGGCUAUUGUAGCUGGAAACGGCUGAUUUGUAAUGGAAUAUCUAUAUAGGCGUACAGAGGCCCAUUAUCAGCAACCAUCAGUCCUGUGUUCCAAUGGCACGUUGUGUUUGUUAAUCCAAGUUUAUCAUUUUAAAAGGCUAAUUGAUCAUUAGAAAACCCUUUUGCAAUUAUGUUAGCACAGCUGAAAACUGUUGUGCUGGUUAAAGAAGCAAUAAAACUGGCCUUCUUGAGACUAGUUGAGUAUCUGGAGCAUCAGCAAUUGUGGGUUCGAUUACAGGAUCAAAAUGGCCAGAAACAAACUUUCUUCUGAAACUCGUCAGUCUAUUCUUGUUCUGAGAAAUUAAGGCUAUUCCAUGCGAAAAAUUGCCAAGAAACUGAAGAUCUCGUACAACGCUGUGUACUACUCCCUUCACAGAACACCGCAAACUGGCUCUAACCAGAAUAGAAAGAAGAGUGGGAAGCCCCGGUGCACAACUGAGCAAGAUGACAAAUACAUUAGAGUGUCUAGAUUGAGAAACAGAUGCCUCACAGGUCCUCAACUGGCAGCUUCAUUAAAUAGUACCCGCAAAACACCAGUCUCAACGUCAACAGUGAAGAGGCGACUCCGGGAUGCUGACCUUCUAGGCAGAGUUGCAAAGAAAAAGCCAUAUCUCAGACUGGCCAAUAAAAAGAAAAUAUUAAGAUGGGCAAAAGAACACAGACACUGGACUGAGGAAGAUUGGAAAAGGUGUUAUGGAUAGACGAAUCGAAGUUUGAGGUGUUCGGAUCACAAAGAAGAACAUUUGUGAGAUGCAGACCAAAUGAAAAGAUGCUGGAGGAGUGCUUGAUGCCAUCUGUCAAGCAUGUUGGAGGAAAUGUCAUAGUCUGGGGAUGCUUUGGUGGUGGUAAAGUGGGAGAUUUGUGCAGGGUAAAAGGGAUCUUGAAGAAGGAAGGUUAUCACUCCAUUUUGCAACGUGUGCCAUAUCCUGUGGAUGGCGCUUGAUUGGAGCCAAUUUCCUCCUGCAACAGGACAAUGACCUAAGGCACAGCUCCAAACUAUGCAACAACUAUUUAGGGAAGAAGCAGUAAGAUGGUAUUCUGUCUAUAAUGGAGUGGCCAGCACAGUCACUGGAUCUCAACCCUAUUGACCUUUUGUGGGAGCAGCUUGACCGUAUGGUACGUAAGAAGUGCCCAUCAAGCCAAUCCAAAUUGUGGGAGGUGCUUCAGGAAGCAUGGGGUGAAAUCUCUUCAGAUUACCUCAACAAAUUGACAAGUAGAAUGCCAAAGGUCUGCAAGGCUGUAAUUGCUGAAAAUUGAGGAUUAUUUGACGAAAGCAAAGUUUGAAGGACACAAUUAUUAUUUCAAUUAAAAAUCAUUAUUUCUGACCUUGUCAAUGACAAAAUUUACUAUGCAUUUGGUAUAUUUCCUAUUCAAACUCAUUUCAUGUAUGUUUUCAUGGAAAACAAGGACAUUUCUAAGUGACCCCAAACAUUUGAAUGGUAGUGUAUAUACAUAUACAUACAUACAUACAUACAUACAUACAUACACAUACAUAUACACCUACAUAUAAAUACAUAUACAUAUACAGCUCUGAAAAAAAUUAAGAGACCACUGCAAAUGUUUCUUAAAUCAGCAUCUCUACAUGUAUGACAGCCAUUCCAUUCCAGUGUCUGUUGAAUUCCAACAAAGGCACACCUCAUUCUACUGAAUUAGGUACUGAUUAGGUGAUCACCUGAACCAAAUCUUGUUUAACGAGGAAAAGUAUAAAAACCACUGCUGUGGUCAUCACUAUCCUCUUGCAAUAGGACCAGCUGGAUGGCAAAAACAGUGCUAAUAGUACCUCAAAAGUAAUAUUUAUCAAAAAAAUUACAAUUGACCAUGCCAAAAGAGUUGAAAAGGAACGUUUUUAGUGAGGAAAAGAAGUGUUCAAUUCUGGCUUUACUGGCAGAAGGAUACAGUGAGCGUCAGGUUGCUUCCAUCCUUAACAUUUCAAUGACGGCGGUUCAUAAGAACAAGUUCAAGCAGCAGACAUUGGGGACAACAAAGCUACAGACCGGCAGAGGGCGAAAACGACUCUCUACUGACCAGGAUGACCGCCAACUCAUUCGAAUGUCACUCAACAACCGUAGGAUGACAUCAAGUGACCUACAAAAAGAAUGGCAAACGGCAGCUGGGGUGAAGUGCAUGGCGAGGACGGUUCGAAACAGGCUCCUAGGGGCAGGGCUGAAGUCGUGCAAAGCUAGAAAAAAGCCCUUCAUCAAUGAGAAGCAAAGAAGAGCCAGGCUGAGGUUUGCAAAAGACCAUAAGGAUUGGACCGUAGAGGACUGGAGUAAGGUAAUCUUCUCUGAUGAGUUCAAUUUUCAGCUUUGCCCAACACCUGGUCGUCUAAUGGUUAGACGGAGACCUGGAGAGGCCUACAAGCCACAGUGUCUCGCACCCACUGUGAAAUUUGGUGGAGGAUCGGUGAUGAUCUGGGGGUUCUUCAGCAAGGCUGGAAUCGGGCAGAUUUGUAUUUGUGAAGGACGCAUGAAUCAAGCCGUGUACAAGGUUGUCCUGGAAGAAAACUUGCUUCCUUUUGCUCUGACAUUGUUCCCCAACUCUGAGGAUUGGUUUUUCCAGCAGGACAAUGCGCCAUGCCACACAGCCAGGUCAAUCAAGGUGUGGAUGGAGGACCACCAGAUCAAGACCCUGUCAUGGCCAGCCCAAUCUCCAGACCUGAACCCCAUUGGAAACUUCUGGAAUGUGAUCAAGAGGAAGAUGGAUGGACACAAGCCAUCAAACAAAGCCGAGCUGCUUGAAUUUUUGCGCCAGGAGUGGCAUAAAGUCACCCAACAUCAAUGUGAAAGACUGGUGGAGAGCAUGCCAAGACGCAUGAAAGCUGUGAUUGAAAAUCUGGGUUAUUCCACCAAAUAUUGAUUUCUGAACUCUUCCUAAGUUAAAACAUUAGUAUUGUGUUGUUUAAAAAUGAACAUGAAUUUAUUUUCUUUGCAUUAUUCGAGGUCUGACAACACUGCAUAUUUUUUGUUAUUUUGACCAGUUUCUGCAGUUUCUGCAAAUAAAUGCUCUAAAUGACAAUAUUUUGGGGGGGGAAUUUGGGAGAAAUGUUGUCAGUAGUUUAUAGAAUAAAACAAAAAUGUUCUUUUUACCCAAACACAUACCUAUAAAUAGUAAAACCAGCGAAACUGAUAAUUUUGCAGUGGUCUCUUAAUUUUUUCCAGAGCUGUAUAUACAUAUCCUUUUUUAAAAUAUAUUUCCCUUUAAUACUUUCCAACCCCACCACCCCUCCUCUAAUUGGAGUAAACUAGUGAACAACAACACUUAGGCCUCUACUUCCAGCUAUAUACCAUAUUUUUCUAACUGUGCUCUUUCACAAAAGCUCCCAACCUAUAAUCUACAUUCUUAUUAUGGACACAGUAUGCUUUACAUUAGUUAUCUUGUUGUUAUUAGUUGUUAGUUGUUAUUAGUCCCAUCCUUCAGCUCCAUUCAACACCUCCCAUCUAUCUCUUAACACCAUCCAUAUUGGACUUCUAUUUGCCAUAUAUUUUUCAACUUUCUACACAGCAAAAUCUGCCGAGCUGGGAAGAUUGUAUCCCCCAUAUAAAUAACAUUCUAUUGGUAGCAAGAAUGUUGUAUAAUAAUUUAAAUUGAACAAUUUUAUGUUUUGAAUCCGGCGUCGUUUUGCGUAUCAGUUCAUAAACACUAUGCCAUGGAAUCGGUACGUCAAAAGUCUCUUCCCAACUAUUUUGCCAUCUAUAUGGGACGGCUGUCAAUCCUUUGGUCCUUAAAUUAAACUGGUAUACCUUUUUAUUUAUCACAAUUUUCUUUAACCAAUUAUGGUCUUUAAUGCAGGGCCGACAGACAAGUUCCUUACUUUUUCCCCCUUCCACUUUCCUCUUCCAUUUUUGCGGUAAUGCUGCAAUUAUCUGGUUGUAAUUUUGGGUAGAGCAGACAUUUCCAUAUGUUUUUGUUAGCUGCAUGUGCGACAUAACUCCACCAGUCCUACCGAUGAUAUCAUUUACGAAGAUUAUACCUUUUUUAAACAUUUUUUCAGAAAAUAAUGUUUUUUUGAUCAAUUAGUAUAUUUGAGUUUAACCACAAUAUUUGUUGCAUUAUUUGUUCUGUCUUUUCUGGAGGAUUAAAUUGAAAUUGUAACCAACUUUCUAUGGCUUGUUUUAGAAAUAGUGAUAUUUGGGAGAUGAUUUCCUUUUCAAAUAACUGAAAGUGAGAGGUUGUAAUCUGAAUAAAGGGAAAAAGGCCAUUCUUGAACAUGGGGUGAGACAAUCUUACUAAUUUGCUAGAGAACCAGUUCGGAUUUAAGUAUAACUUUUGUAUGACUGAAGCUUUUAGUGAUAGGUAUAAUGCUUUAAUAUUUAAUAAUUUCUGUCCUCCGAAUUCAUAUUUAUUAUAUGAAUAGGCCCGUUUAAAUUUUGUCUGUCUUGCCGUUCCAAAUAAAAUUGAAUAUUUCUUUCUCAUAUAAUUUUAAAAACUGUUCGCUAGGCAUAGGCAACACCAUAAGCAAAUAGGUAAACUGGGAUAAUACUAAAUAGUUAAUCAGGGUGAUUUUUACACAAAUAGACAGGUAUUUACCUUUCCAUGGUAGCAAUAUCUUAUCUAUUUUUGCUAACUUUCUAUUAAAAUGUAUUGGAGUGAGAUCAUUUAUUUCAUUUGGGAUAUAUAUUCCAAGUAUAUCUACAUCACCAUCAGACCAUUUUAUUGGUAAACUACAUGGUAAUAUAAAAAUUGAAUUUUUUAGUGAUCCAAUACGUAAUAUAUAGUACAUUUAUCAUAAUUUGGUUGUAAUCCAGAGAGGUUAGAAAAUGUAUCUAGAUCCUCUAUGAGGCUGUGGAUGGAUUCAAGUUGUGGAUUUAAAAGAAAACAUGAAUCAUCAGCGUACAAUGACACCUUUGUUUUCAAGCCCUGGAUUUCUAUUUCCUUGAUAUUAUUGUUGGAUCUGAUUUUAAUAGCUAACAUUUCGAUGGCCAUAAUAAAUAGAUAUGCCGAUAGUGGACAACAUUGUUUUACUCCUCUUGACAGUUUAAAACUUACGGAGAAAUAGCCAUUAUUUACUAUUUUACACCUAGGGUUACUAUACAUGAUUUUAACCCAUUUUAUAAGAGAUUCUCCAAAAUUGAAAUGCUCCAGGCAUUUCAACUUGACUGGAGUCCACCUAUGGUAAAUUCAAUUGAUUGGACAUUAUUUGGAAAGGCACACACCUGUCUAUUAAAGUCCCACAGUUGACAGUGCACGUCAGUUCAAAAACCAAGCUAUGAGGUCGAAGGAAUUGUCCGUGGAGCUCCGAGACAGGAUUGUGUCGAGGCACAGAUCUGGGGAAGGGUACCAAAACAUUUCUGCAGCAUUGAAGGUUCCCAAGAACACAGUGGCCUCCAUCAUUCUUAAAUGAUCUUCCAGUUUUGGAACCACCUAGACUCUUCCUAGAGCUAGCCGCCCAGCCAAACUGAGCGAUUGGGGUCAAGAACCCUAUGGUCACUCUGACAGAGCUCCAGAGUUCCUCUGUGGAGAUGGAAGAACCUUACAGAAGGACAACCAUAUUUUUCAGCACUCCACCAAUCAGGCCUUUAUGGUGGAGUGGCCAGACGGAAGCCACUCCUCAGUAAAAGGCACAUGACAGCCCGCUUGGAGUUUGCCAAAAGGCACCUAAAGGACUAUGAAAACAAGAUUCUCUGGUCUGAUGAAACCAAUAUUGCACUCUUUGGCCUGAAUGCUUGUACCAAGAAACCUUGUACCAUCCCCAUGGUGAAGCAUGGUGGUGGCAGCAUCAUGCUGUGGGGAUGUUUUUCUGCGGCAGGGACUGGGAGACUAGUCAGAAUCGAGGGAAAGAUGAACGGAGCAAAGUACAGAGAGAUCCUUGAUGAAAAUCUGCUCCAGAGUGCACAGGACCUCAGACUGGGGCUAAGGUUCACCUUCCAACAGGACAACGACCCUAAGCACACUGCCAAGACAAUGCAGGAGUGGCUUCGGGACAAGUCUCUGAAUGUCCUUGCAUGGCCCAGCCAGAGCCCGGACUUGAACCCGAUCAAACAUCUCUGGAGAGACCUGAAAAUAGCUGUGCAGCGACGCUCCCCAUACAACCUGAGCGCUUGAGAGGAUCUGCAGAGAAGAAUGGGAGAAACUCCCCAAAUACAGGUGUGCCAAGUUUGUAGUGUCAUACCCAAGAAGACUCGAGGCUUUAAUCGCUGCCAAAGGUUCUUCAACAAAGUACUGAGUAAAGGGUCUGAAUACUUAUGUAAAUGUGAUAUGUCAUUUCUUUAAAUAAUUUUUUAUUAGUAAACAUUUCUAUAAACCUGGUUUUGCUUUGUCAUUUUGCUUUUUGUAUAGAGGAAGGCACAAAAAAUUGUAAAAGACUCCAGUCACCCAAGUCAUAGACUGUUCUCUCCGCUCUUCCCUCAAGCCAUAAGACGCUGAACAAUUCAUCAAAUGGCCACCUGGACUAUUUACAGCAGUGUACAUUUGUUUUUACACUGCUGCUACUCGCUGUUUAUUAUCUAUGCAUAGUCACUUUACCCCUACCUACAUGUACAACUUACCUUGACUAACCUGUACCCCCGCACAUUGACUCGGUACCGGUACCCCCUGUAUAUAGCCUUGUUAUUGUUAUUUUAUUGUGUUACUUUUUGAUAGCAUUUUUUUUACUUUAGUUUAUUUAGUAAAUCUUUUCUUAAGUCUAUUUCUUAAACUGCAUUUUUGGUUAAGGACGGUUAAGUAAGCAUUUCACGGUAAGGUCUACACCUGUUGUAUUCGGCGAAUAUCACAAAUACAGUUUGAUUUGAUGAGGGGGGGAAAACAAUUUCAUCAAUUUUACAAUAAGGCUGUAACGUAACAAAAUGUGGAAAAAGUCAAGAGGUCUGAAUACUUUCCGUAGCCACUGUACAUAUACUAAACCACUUCAUUAGCACAUUCAUAGGGAUAUUCUAUUAACAAUUAAUGGAUUCAAUUAAUUAAAUCAUUAGUUCAUUAAACAAUUAAUUAGUGGAAUUAAUGGUUCAAUAAAGUGUUGGGCAGAAGAGACAACCAGCAGACGCUGAGGCCCCUAAAGACUGGGGCUACACAUCAGAUGUGUUACUGCACCCCCACCGGGCCUUAGUGGAUAAGAGGACGUCUUAGUGGAUAAGAGGACGUCUUAGUGGAUAAGAGGACGUCUUCGUGGAUAGGAGGAAGACUUAGUGGAUAAGAGGAUGUCUUAGUGGAUAAGAGGACGUCUUAGUGGAUAAGAGGACGUCUUUCUGAUGUAUUUUGUGUUUGUCAGUGUGUGUGCAGUAGCUGUGGAGCCACGUCGGACCCCCUUCCCUUCAUUCAGAUGGUUCACUACAUCUCUACCACGUCCCUCUGGUAAGACCAGGCACGUCUGUGUGUGUGUAGUGUGUGUUCUUGAGGAAACAUGUAUAUGUCUAGUAAGUGUGAAUAUGUGUGUGUGUACUACAAUGUACAAUAAAGGAUCUAUAGUAUCUAUAAAGUAUCUAUAGUCCAGUGUGUGUUCUUGAGGACGUGUGUGUAUAGUUCAGUGUGUGUUCUUGAGGACGUGUGUGUAUGUGUGUGUGUAUAGUCCAGUGUGUGUUCUUGAGGACGUGUGUGUGUGUGUAUAGUCCAGUGUGUGUUCUUGAGGACGUGUGUGUAUAGUUCAGUGUGUGUUCUUGAGGACGUGGGUGUAUGUGUGUGUGUAUAGUCCAGUGUGUGUUCUUGAGGACGUGUGUGUGUAUAGUCCAGUGUGUGUUCUUGAGGACGUGUGUAUAUGUGUGUGUCCUUGCUGCAGUAACCAGGCAGUGAGGAUGUUAGAGUGCAGAGAGAAGCCCACCCCCGACAUGUUCGGAGAGCUGCUCCACAACGCCAGCAAUAUGGGAGACUUACGCAACUGCCCAGUGAGUUUGUACAGGCACACACACGCAAAAACACACACAUACGCACGCGCACGCACGCGCACACACGCAAACACACAUGCGCAUGAACACAUGCAAACAAAUACACUCACGCACUGAUGAACACACAUUGACAGCUCUUUAUACUGUGCUUGCGUGCAGGUGUGUGUGUGUUUGUGUUUGUGUGUGUUUGUGUGUUUGUGUGUGUGUGUGUGUGUGUGUGUGUGUUUGUUUGUAUGUAGUGUUGUUAGUGUUGUGAUGCUGCCACAUGGUAAAGAGCUGUUGGUGUGAGGCGGUGAAUAGAUCCAGGGCUGAUCCACACACCCAGCCCUCUCUGCCAGAGUACCCACACAAUGGGCCUCUUCUCUGGGCAGAGCCUGGCAGCUGACCCCCUCUACAGCCCCCCAGCCCUCCAGCCCCCCAGCCUCCCUGUUAGUCACACCACCAUUAUCUUGUUAUUGUGAGGCUGAGAGGAUCCCUUCACUCUACGCUUCUACAAUACUGCCUGUGAUAGCUUUGGCCCUAAGCUACUGUAUGUCCCUUGGGCUAACUGAGUGUUUAUCCCAUAAACCCACACUCUGCUCCCGGUCCCAUACACAGUGUGUGUCAAUAAGAUGAAUGGUGUUUGUUGCUAUGAGAGUGUGUGUUUCCCUUCUCAGAACCAGGUCGUCCUGGCAUAAUCCCUUCCUGUUAGUACCAGUGCCAGCCCGGAUUUACCCCCUGCCCACAAGGGUAGUGUGUGUGUGUUUGUGUGUUUGUCUUUGUGUGUGUGUUCUGGCACUCUCUGGUUGCCAGGGUGUUUGUGUGUGUGUGUGUGUGUGUGUGUGUGUUUGUGUGAGUGUGUGUUCUGCCAGCUCUGUGGUGGGUCGUGAGUCAGAGGAAGGGUCUAGAACACACGGUUCUCAACACAACAGAACAGAAGCCUACUGGAUAACCCCCCCCAACCCCCCCCUCCUCUCUCUCUCUCUCUCUCUCUCGCUCUCUCUCUCUCUCUCUCUCUCUCUCUCUCUCUCUCUCUCUCUCUUUCUCUCUCUCCCUUUCUCUCUCUCUCUCUCUCUCGCUCUCUCUCUCGCUCUCUCAAUUUUCAAUUCAAUUUAAGGGACUUUAUUGGCAUGGGAAACAAAUGUUUACAUUGUCAAAGCAAGUGAAAUAGAUAACAAACAAAAGUGAAAUAAACCAUCAAAACAUUACACUCACAAGUUUCAAAUGAAUAGACACAUUUCAAAUGUCAUAUUAUGGCUAUGUACAGUGUUAUAAUGAUGUGCAAAUAGUUAAAGUACAAAAGGGAAAAUAAAUAAACAUAAAUAUGGGUUGUAUUUACAAUGGUGUUUGUUCUUCACUGGUUGCCCUUUUCUUGUGGCAACAGGUCACAUAUCUUGCUGCUGUGAUGGCACACUGUGGUAUUUCACCCAAUAGAUAUGGAUUUGUUUUGGAAUUCUUUCUGGGCCUGUGUAAUCUGAGGGAAAUAUGUGUCUCUAAUAUGGUCAUACAUUUGGCAGGAGGUUAGGAAAUGCAGCUCAGUUUCCACCUCAUUUUGUGGGCAGUGUGCACAUAGCCUGUCUUCUCUUGAGAGCCAGGUCUGCCUACGGCGUCCUCUCUCAAUAGCAAGGCCAUGCUCAAUGAGUCUGUACAUAGUCAAAGCUUUCCUUAAUACUCUCUAUUUAGGACCAAAUAGCAUUCCAGUUUGCUUUGUUUUUUGGUAAAUUCUUUCCAAUGUGUCAAGAAAUAAUCUUUUUGUUUUCUCAUGAUUUGGUUGAGUCUAAUUGUGUUGCUGUCCUGGGGCUCUGUGGGGUCUGUUUGUGUUUGUGAACAGAGCCCCAGGACCAGCUUGCUUAGGGGACUCUUCUCCAGGUUAAUCUCUCUGUAGGUGAUGGCUUUGUUAUGGAAGCUUUGGGAAACGCUUCCUUUUAGGUGGAUUUGAUGGCUCUUUUCUGGAUUUUGAUAAUUAGCGGGUAUCAGCCUAAUUCUGCUCUACAUGUAUUAUUUGGUGUUUUACGUUGUACACUGAGGAUUUUUGCAGAAUUCUGCAUGCAGAGUCUCAAUUUGGUGUUUGUCCCAUUUUGUGAAUUCUUGGUUGGUGAGCGGACCCCAGACCUUACAACCAUAAAGGUUCUCUCUCUCUCUCUCUCUCUCUCUCUCUCUCUCUCUCUCUCUCUCUCCUCAUCUCUCUCUCUCUCUCUCUCGCUGUCCUUCGUCUGUCUCUACAUCUCUCUCUCUCUCCUCUCUCUCCUCUCUCUCUCUCUCUCUCGAUUCCAAAUCAGAUUAAUCAGAUUCCUUUCAAUAAUCAAUUGAAACAAUUCUUCUUUUCUUUUAAUAUUUGUAUUUGUUUCUGUUUUCCUCUCGUCCUGCAGAGUAACUGCGGGGAGGUGUUGCGUAUCCGCCGUGUGUUGAUGAACUCUCCAGAGAUAGUGUCCAUCGGCCUGGUCUGGGAUUCAGACCACUCGGACCUGGCUGAGGACGUCAUUCACAGCCUGGGCACCUGUCUACACCUGGGGGAUGUAAGACACGUACACACACACACACACACACACACACACACACGUUUACCCAUGUACGCACGCACACAGGUAUGCAAACAUGCACACAUACACACACAGACUUACACACAAUGAUUAACCUUAGCCAAGGCUUUAGCUCAGUAGGCUAAUGUGGUCUUGACUCGCUUAGAUUUCCCCGACAACACGUCUCAUACCUCUUCUCUCUUAUCUCCUAUUUAUACCUCUAUUACAUCUGUUCUCGAUUUCUUCUGGUUCUGUAGUCUUUUUGUGCUCUCGUCUGUAUUCGUCUGCGUUCUCUUGGAUCAUCGAUGUUGAUCUGCGUUGGUUCUUGGAUCAUUGUGCUGGGAUCCUGUGCGUACUAUGUCUCUACUAUCCUCUUAUCCAGCUUCUGCUACUUCUCGUCUCUCUCCUCUUUCUCUCUCGCUCUCUGCUCUCUCUCUCUCUCCGUCUCUCUCUCUCUCUCUUCUCUCUCUCUCUCAUCACUCUCUCUCUCCUCUCCUUCUUCCAUCCUUCUCUCUCCCCUCUCUCUCACCUUCCUUCUCUCUCUCUCUCUCUCUCUCUCUCUCUCUCUCUCUCUCUCUCUCUCUCUCUCUCCCUCUGUCCUUCUCUCUCCAUUCCCCCCUAGUUGUUUUACCGUGUGACAGAGGAGAGGGCUCGUCAGGCUGAGCUGUACCUGGUUGGUAUGGUGUGCUAUUAUGGUAAACACUACUCCACAUUCUUCUUCCAGACUAAGAUACGCAAGUGGAUGUACUUCGACGACGCUCAUGUCAAAGAGGUGAUUCAGUGACUGAGUGACUGGGUGAAUUAGUUAGUUAGUUAGUUAGUUGAUAUGUGUGUUAUCUAGAAUCUAGCUGCAUAGAGGAUAGAAUGAAUGAAUAGAAUGAAUAUGAUAAGUUAUUGUCCAUUUGGUUAGAAUAUAAAUUAAUCUUCCCAUGAUUAGCUAUUUUGGGGGGGUUAAGUGCCUUGCUCAAAGGCAUAACAGUAGAUAUGUUGGUUAGUAGAGUGUGUGUGUUAUCUCUAUAGAUCGGUCCUAAGUGGAAGGACGUGGUUGCGCGGUGUAUAAAGGGUCACUACCAGCCUCUAUUGCUGCUUUAUGCUGACCCCCGGGGGACGCCGGUGGUAACGCAGGACAACCCCCAGCUGGACCUGCUGCACUGCAGCAAGGCUGGAUAUGACAGCGAGGACUCUGGUAACCUUUAACCCCUAACCUCUGACUUCUAAACCCUGACCCUCGCCCCAAAACUCCCUAACCCUAAAGCUCUCUGCUUUUCUCUCUCUCUCUCUCUCUCUCUCUCUCUCUCUCUCUCUCUCUCUCUCUCUCUCUCUCUCUCUCUCUCUCUCUCUCUCUCAGGACGGGAGCCCUCCAUAUCCAGUGAUACCCGUACAGAUUCCUCGGACAGCUCCAGCCGCAGAGCAUCUCUAAAUCGCCCUCUCCACCAGUCAACAGGCAGUCACCUGUCCAGUGAAUCGCAGACCGCCGUUGUCGGUAACCAUGACAACAGCACACCACUACACAGUGCAGACCCAGCAGGUCAUUAACAUAAUGUCUGUUACAACACCACCAGGUGAUCAGGUGUGUUAGUGCUGGGCUAAAACAAAAGCCUGCACACGUUCUAUAGUCCCCCAGGAUCAGAAUUGGAGAACCGUAAACACAACUAUCUAACCAACUAUCUAACCGCCCUCUCUCACUUUUUCUCUCUCUCUCUCUCUCUCUCUCUCUCUCUCUCUCUCUCUCUCUCUCUCUCUCUCUCUCUCACUCUCUAUUCAAUUUCAAUUUAAGGGCUUUAUUGGCAUGGGAAACAUAUGUUUACAUUGCCAAAGCAAGUGAAGUAGAUAGUAAACAAAAGUUAAAUAAAUAAUAAAUAUUAACAGUAAACAUUACACUCAGAAGUUCCAAAAGAAUAAAGACAUUUCAAAUGUCAUAUUAUGUAUAUAUACAGUGUUGUAACAAUGUGCAAAUAGUUAAAGUACAAAUGGGAAAAUAAAUAAACAUAAAUAUGGGUUGUAUUUCUCUCUCUCUCUAUCAGACUCAGUAGCAGAGACCCCCCGCUGCCCCCCCUCCCCUCCCCUGCAGCAGGGUGACUAUAAAGAGACAGCUGUGUUCCUCCUCUCCUCUCCUCGUCCAUUGUCAUCUUCCUCUUCCUCCCAUCCCCCCUCCUCCUGUUCCUCCCAUCCCCUUUCCUCCUGUUCCUCCCAUCCCCCUUCCUCUACCUGUUCCUCCCAUCCCGUCUCCUCCUCCUACUCUUCCUCCUGUCCCAUGUCCUCUUCCUCCUCCUCGGGGAUAGGGGGGUCUGUGCUGGGAUCUGAGACGGGGGCCGUGGGGCCACUCUGGGAGGAUGAGAGCACUAGCAGUGAGUCCAAGUCUAGGUGAGUGCUGCUGUACAUAUACACACAUACACUACAUUACCAAAUGUAUGUGGACACCUGCUCGUCGAACAUCUCAUUCUAAAAUCAUGGGCAUUAAUAUGGAGUUGGUCCCCCCUUGGCUUUCCACUAGAUGUUGGAACAUUGCUGCAGGGACUUGCUUCCAUUCAGCUACAAGAGCAUUAGUGAGGUCGGGCACUGAUAUUGGGCGAUUAGGCCUGACUCGCUGUCGGCGUUCCAAUUCAUCCCAAAGGUGUUCGAUGGGGUUGAGGUCAGGGCUCUGUGCAGGCCAGUCAAGUUCUUCCACACCGAUCUCGACAAACCAUCCUAUGACGGUGCCAUGUUGAAAGUCACUGAGCUCUUCAGUAAGGCCAUUCUACUGCCAAUGUUUGUCUAUGGAGAUUGCAUGGCUGUGUGCUCGAUUUUAUACACCUUUCAGCAACAGGUGUGGCUGAAAUAGCCGAAUCCACUAAUUUGAAGGGGUGUCCACAUACUUUUGUAUAUAUAGUGUGUAUACUGACAUAUACUGACAUAUAUACUAGUCCAUGUGGGUGUUACUGUACAAAGUGCAUGCACAGUAGAAGGCUUAUGUAAUACAUUUUGGUAAAGUUUGAGUUCUCCGAAAAAUUUUAACAUUUUACAGUGUUACCAGCUACAGUAUUUUGUAAAGUGUUUUGGCUCAUGUGUAAUGUAAAAUGUAACCUAUCCUCUCCAGUUCGUCUGGGGGUCGAUGUUACCGGCCGGCCUGGAGGCCACGGAGGGAGGCCCUGAACAUCGACAGCAUCUUCACCCGCCAGAGAGGCUCUCCGCUGGGCUACAGCACCAUGCCUGGGCUCCCUCUACCUUCAGCGCUCCAACAUCACUGUCCAACCAACAUGCCUGAUUUGCAGGGGGCAGGAGAGAGGGCCGGGGGUUUAGGUGGCAUGGGGGGAGACACGGAGGGGGUGGCAGGGAUGCCUGGUUUGCUAGGCAACGGCACGGACUGCCCCCCUCCUCCUCCCCCGUUGAGAGGGGCGGAGCCUCAGCCUCGUCUGAUCCAGAGGAUGGAGAGUGGUUAUGAGAGCAGCCCUGACAGGUACACACACCGACACACCAACACACCGACACACCAACACACCGUGGCAUAGGUUUUGUAGUCUCACAGCGUUUCGUUCUCUCCCCCCCUCCCCCUCUCUCUCUCGCAUUCUCUCUCUCACCCUCUCUCCCCCCCUCCCUCUCUCUCAGGGAGGUAGGUCAGAAGCGUGUGUUGAUGACUGGUCCGUCGUGGCGCUCGGUGCCCAAGUCUAAGAGCACCAGUGCCAUCCUGCAGGAGCUGCCAGCACCUUGCUGGGGUAGCAAUAACAACCUGGGUGUGUGUGUGUGUGUGAGAUAUCUAAUGGUGUCAGAGAGGUAGAGUGUGUGUGUGAGAUAUCUAAUGGUGUCAGAGUGGUAGAGUGUGUGUGUGAGAUAUCUAAUGGUGUCAGAGUGGUAGAGUGUGUGUGUGAGAUAUCUAAUGGUGUCAGAGAGGUAGAGUGUGUGUGUGAGAUAUCUAAUGGUGUCAGAGUGGUAGAGUGUGUGUGUGAGAUAUCUAAUGGUGUCAGAGAGGUAGAGUGUGUGUGUGAGAUAUCUAAUGGUGUCAGGUGGAGGUGUGUGUGUGGAUAUCUAAAGGUGUCGGGGUAGAGGGUGUGUGAGAAAUUAAAGGGGGUAGAGUGGUUAGAGUUAGGUGUGUGUGUGAGUUUUUGGUGCCCGGGGGAAGGGUGGUUGGGGUUAGGGGGUUGGGGGGGUGUGUGGGGAUUUUCUAAUGGGUAAGGGUGGGUGUGUGGGAUUCUAAAGGGGUCGGGAGGGUUUGGGUUUUUAUAGGGUGUGUGUAGAAUCUAAUGGUGUCAGAGGGUAGAGUGGUGGGGAUAUCUAUGGUGUCAGAGGGGGAGAGUGUGUUUGUGAGAUAUCUAAAGGGUCGGUGGUAGAGUGUGUGUGUGAGUUCUUGGUGUAGAGGGGAGAGUGUGUGGGGUAUUAAAGUGUCGAGGGUAGGGUGUGUGUGGAAUCUAAGGUUCGAGGGUUAGAGUGUGUGUGUGAGAUAUUAAUGUUAGAGGGUGAGGUGUUUUUGUGGGUAAAUGGUUUUCGAGGGGAAAAGGGGGGGGGGGGUAGAGGGUGGGGGUGUGGGGUAUCUAAUGGUGUCAGGGAGGUAGAUUUUGUUUGUUGGGGACAAUUUUAAAGGGGGGUUGUUUGUGUUUUUUUGUUUUUUUUUGUUUGGGUGUUGUGUGUGGGGUGUUUUUGUGUGUGUGUGUGGUGGUGUGGUGUGUGUGUGUGGGUGUGUGUGUGUGUGGGGGUUUGGGGUUUGGCCCUAGGGGGAGUGGAUGAUCUUAGGAGGGGUGGUGAGGAGGGAGGAGACAGCGGAGGGAGGAGGGGAAAAGGCAGGAGAAGCUGCCCGACCUUUAACCCCAACCCCCCAAAUCAGGGCUUAGACCGACAACACCAGGUGAGGACGGGAGGGGAGGGUUUAGUGUGGUUUAGGGGGUUUAGGGGUGUUUUAGUGUGUGUGUGUGUGGGUUUUGUGGGGUUUGUAGGUGUUUAGUGGGGGUUUUGUGUGUGUGUUAGUGGUUGUUUUGUUUUGGUGUGGGUGUGUGGGUUUUGGGUUUUGUUUCUUUUUGUGUGUUGUGGUCUUAGUGUCUUAGUGUGUGUGUGUCUUAGUGUGUGUUAGUGUGUGUGUGUAACUUAGUGUGUCUUAGUGUGUGUGUGUGUGUGUCUUAGUGUGUGUUAGUGUGUGUUUGUCACCAUGUCUGUCUGUUCCUCCUUUGGUGGCUGUCUUUCCGUCCUGUCCUUUUGCCUUUUAACAAGAGAGAAGAACAUACUUUUGUUUAAUGUCUCAUUUUGGGUGUGUUUAUGGAUCACUACUGUGUGUGUAUGUGUGUCGGUAUAACAGUGUAUAGACCAGUGUUCUCGGCUCCCUGGUCCUGGAGGACUAUAGAGUGUGCAGGUUUUUGUUUUGGCCCAGCACUAACACACACCAUCACUGGGUGGUUAAUUGAUUAGUUGAAUCAGGUGUGCGUGUGUGUUCCUGUGUCAACCUCUCUGUGUCUGUUUGUCGUGUCGUUCACCUUCUUCAACACACACACACACACACACAUCCGCAGGCACGCACACAUCCACACGCACACACACACACACAAACACACACACACACACACACACACACACAAAAAACCUACGGGUAAAUCGGUGGCAUUAUUGAUAUGCGAUUCAAUGGUUUUAGCGUUGCAUACUAAUGUUAGUGCUUUAUGCUAAUACUAGCCUUGGUUUCUCAAAUGACUGCCUCGCCUGGUUCACCAACUACUUCUCAGAUAGAGUUCAAUGUGUCAAAUCGGAGGGCCUGUUGUCUGGACCUCUGGCAGUCUCUAUGGGGGUGCCAUAGGGUUUAAUUCUCGGGCCGACUCUAUUCUCUGUGUAUAUCAAUGAUGUCGCUCUUGCUGCUGGUGACUCUCAGAUCCACCUCUACGCAGACGACACCAUUUUGUAUACAUCUGGCCCUUCACUGGACACUGUGUUAACAAACCUCCAAACGAGCUUCAAUGCCAUACAACACUCCUUCAGUAGCCUCCAACUGCUCUUAAACACUAGUAAAACUAAAUGCAUGCUCUUCAAUCAAACGCUGCUUGCACCCGCCCGCCCGACUAGAAUCAGUACUCUCAGCGGGUCUGACUUAGAAUAUGUGGACAACUACAAAUACCUAGGUGUCUGGUUAGACCAUAAACUCUCCUUCCAGACUCACAUUAAGCAUCUCCAAUCCAAAGUUAAAUCUAGAAUCGGCUUCCUAUUUCGCAACAAAGCCUCCUUCACUCAUGCUGCUAAACAUGCCCUCGUAAAACUGACUAUCCUACUGAUCCUUGACUUCGCCGAUGUCAUUUACAAAAUAGCUUCCAACACUCUACUCAGCAAAUUGGAUGUAGUCUAUCACAGUGCCAUCCGUUUUGUCACCAAAGCCUCAUAUACUACCCACCAUUGUGACCUGUACGCUCUCAUUGGGUGGCCCUCACUACAUAUUCGUCGCCAAACCCACUGGCUCCAGGUCAUUUAUAAAUCACUUCUAGGCAAAUCCCCCCCUUAUCUUAAAUCAUUGGUCACCAUAGCAACACACACCCAUAGUACAGUGAGGGAAAAAAGUAUUUGAUGAGCCAAAUAUAGUAAUCUCUCUCUCUCUCUCUGUAUAAUACUGCACAUUUCCUUAAAUUUAUUGUGGACCUUGUGGCAUGUCUGGUGGGGUAAGUGUGUGUGUUAGUGCUGUGUGUAAGUUGACUAUGCAAACAAUUUGGAAUUUCCAACACAUGAAGUCUAUCCUCAACUCUUAGCCAAGAGAGACUGGCAUGAAUAGUCUUAAUAUUAGCCCUGUGAUUACAAUGAAGAGCAAGACGUGCAGCUCUGUUCUGGGCCAGCUGCAGCUUAUCUAGGUCUUUCCUUGCAGCACUUGACCAUAUGACUGGACAAUAAUCAAGAUAAGAUCAAACUAGAGCCUGCAGGACUUGCUUUGUGGAGUGUGAUGUUAAAAAAGCAGAGCAUCUCUUUAUUACGGACAGACCUCUCCCCAUCUUUACAACCAUUUAAUCUAUACAGUGAGGGAAAAAAGUAUUUGAUCCCCUGCUGAUUUUGUACGUUUGCCCACUGACAAAGACAUGAUCAGUCUGUAAUUUUAAUGGUAGGUUUAUUUGAACAGUGAGAGACAGAAUAACAACAAAAAAAUCCAGAAAAACACAUGUCAAAAAUGUUAAUUGAUUUGCGUUUUAUUGAGGGAAAUAUGUAUUUGACCCUUCUGCAAAACAUAACUUAGUACUAGGUGGCAAAACCCUUGUUGGCAAUCACAGAGGUCAGACGUUUCUUGUAGUUGGCCACCAGGUUUGCACACAUCUCAGGAGGGAUUUUGUUCCACUCCUCUUUGCAGAUCUUCUCCAAGUCAUUAAGGUUUCGAGACUGACGUUUGGCAACUCGAACCUUCAGCUCCCUCCACAGAUUUUCUAUGGGAUUAAGGUCUGGAGACUGGCUAGGCCACUCCAGGACCUUAAUGUGCUUCUUCUUGAGCCACUCCUUUGUUGUCUUGGCCGUGUGUUUUGGGUCAUUGUCAUGCUGGAAUACCCAUCCACGACCCAUUUUCAAUGCCCUGGCUGAGGGAAGGAGGUUCUCACCCAAGAUUUGACGGUACAUGGCCCCGUCCAUCGUCCCUUUGAUGCAGUGAAGUUGUCCUGUCCCCUUAGCAGAAAAACAUCCCCAAAGCAUAAUGUUUCCACCUCCAUGUUUGACGGUGGGGAAGGUGUUCUUGUGGUCAUAGGCAGCAUUCCUCCUCCUCCAAACACGGUGAGUUGAGUUGAUGCCAAAGAGCUCGAUUUUGGUCUCAUCUGACCACAACACUUUCACCCAGUUCUCCUCUGAAUCAUUCAGAUGUUCAUUGGCAAACUUCAGACGGCCCUGUAUAUGUGCUUUCUUGAGCAAGCGGACCUUGCGGGCGCUGCAGGAUUUCAGUCCUUCACGGCGUAGUGUGUUACCAAUUGCAAACGUACAAAAUCAGCAGGGGAUCAAAUACUUUUUUCCCUCACUGUAUGCGUUCCAGCAGGUAUAUCUCACUGGUCAUCCCCAAAGCCAACACCUCCUUUGGCCGCCAUUCCUUCCAGUUCUCUGCUGCAAAUGACUGGAACGAACUGCAAAAAUCUCUGAAGCUGGAGGCACUUAUCUCCCUCACUAACUUUAAGCAUCAGUUGUCAGAGCAGCUUACCGAUCACUGCACCUGUACACAGCCCAUCUGUAAUUAGCCCACCCAACUACCUCUACUAUCUCCAUAUUGUUAUUUACAUUGUUAUUUAUUUUGCUCAUUUGCACCCCAGUAUCUCUAUUUGCACAUCAUCUUCUGCACAUAUAUCACUUUUGCACUAUGGCCUAUGUAUUGCCUUGCCUCCAUAACUUACUACAUUUGCACACACUGUAUAUAGAUUUUCUAUUGUGUUGUUGACUGUACGUUUAGUUUAUUCCAUAUGUAACUCUGUGUUGUUGUUUUUUUUUAUCGAACUGCUUUGCUUUAUCUUGGCCAGGUCGCAGUUGUAAAUGAGAACCUGUUCUCAACUGGCUUACCUGGUUAAAUAAAGGUACAAUUCUGCCUAGCCUGGUUAAAUAAAGGUACAAAAAAAAAGUGGAAAAAAAUCAUCUCUGAACAUUUGAUGGUUGUUCUCCUGCUGUGAUUCUUCUUCUCCUAACCCACUAACACCCCAGUCACUCAGACAGCAGGGGUGUGUUCACUAGUUUAAACGCUGCACAACAGCUGCACCUUAGAUCUGUCCUUUAGGCCAAUGUCUUCCCCUGACCUCUGACCCCUGUGCAGUGUGCUACUUAGUGACCGCGACCCCAGCCCUGCUCACUCUGUCUUGAAAACCUCAUCUCUCUCUCAUUGACUAUCCCACACACACACACACACACACACACACACACACACACACACACACACACACACACACACACACACACACACACACACACACACACACACACACACACACAAAGGAGCUGUUUGCAUGCUUGGCCCCUCAUUACCACUCCUCUACUUUACUUCUCUUUUUCUCUCUUUCCUCCAUACCUCUUUCCCUUCUCUUUCUAUUCUAUUGCUCUCUCUCUUUCCACCGCUCUCAUUUCCCUUUCCUCUCUCUCUCUUUCUCCACCUCACUUUUUUCCCCCUCCUGUUUUCCAUCUCCAUCUCUCUCUCGGUAUCUCUCCUCCUGCUCUCUCGUUAACAUUCUCAGCUGUGCUCAGCCCCCUGCAUGAGGCUAAUGCUCGUGUUGGAUUGGCUGUAGCUGCAUGCAUGAGGAGCACUGGGGAGCCAAUCACACAGGAACAGGAUAUGGAGCAGGAAACAGGACGCGCCAGUCCACAGGGGAAUUGCAGGUACCAUAACUGUCCCCUGUGUGUCCCUAAAACCCACACCAGGACACCUCUGUGUGUGUCCCAGCUCUGCCUGUCCAAAACCCACCCCAGGACCCCUCUGUGUGUGUCCCAGCUCUGCCUGUCCAAAACCCACCCCAGGACCCCUCUGUGUGUGUCCCAGCUCUGCCUGUCCAAAACCCACACCAGGACACCUCUGUGUGUGUCCCAGCUCUGCCUGUCCAAAACCCACCCCAGGACCCCUCUGUGUGUGUCCCAACUCUGCCUGUCCAAAACCCACCCCAGGACCCCUCUGUGUGUGUCCCAACUCUGCCUGUCCAAAACCCACCCCAGGACACCUCUGUGUGUGUCCCAGCUCUGCCUGUCCAAAACCCACCCCUGGACCCUUCUGUGUGUGUCCCAGCUCUGCCUGUCCAAAACCCACCCCAGGACCCCUCUGUGUGUGUCCCAACUCUGCCUGUCCAAAACCCACCCCAGGACCCCUCUGUGUGUGUCCCAGCUCUGCCUGUCCAAAACCUACCCCAGGACCCCUCUGUGUGUGUCCCAGCUCUGCCUGUCCAAAACACCCCAGGACCCCUCUGUGUGUGUCCCAGCUCUGCCUGUCCAAAACCACCUCUGUGUGUAGUGCACUAGAGUGGAAAGUGUCUGUACUCUGAGAUAGAUGGUCUGUAUCUGUCUGUGUUGGUCAAUGCUGAUCUUGACUGGUUUGUACUAGUACUUGAUGGUGAGAUAUCUGGUCCAGACCUGUCUAGGAGUAUCUGUCUGUGAGGGGCUAGUGCUGGGUUGGCUGGGAGGUAUACACUAUCCUCCUCUUCUUGUUUUGAACUCCUCUAUCUCAUUUAUUCUUUAUCCCCUUAUUCCUCCUCUCCUCUAUAUACUUCUUUAUCCUCUUCCUCCUCUCCUCUAUUGAUCAAAAUAGAGCUGUGAUUUAUGUUGACUGCUGCAAAGGCUUCUGGGUAAUUAUUACUGAGCCAGCCAGCGGAGAUGUGGAGAGUUAAUGUGGGGUAUGAGGGAUGGUGUGUGAGUGUGUGUGUGUGUGUGUGGUGACAUAGUGCUGUAUAGCUCUAUAAAUCCUACAUUACACAGUCGUAAACCUGACAUAAGAGGCUUUUAUUUCAACAUAUUUUGUCAUUUUUAUUUUAAAAAAAUCUUUAUUUACUCUGACUGUGAUUGGCUUCUGAGUGACUCUGACCUGCCCCUUCUCUCCUGUGGUCCAAUCAGUGAACAGUCUGGCCCGCUCCAAGUACUGCUGACGCCCAAUCAGGAGGGGGAAGAGGUUCGGCCAGCCUACCAGGCUGCAACCCUGGGCCCUGGUCAGCCCCCUCUCCACUCAUCCCUCCCACGCCCUUCCACCAACAGCCCCCCUGCACAGGUUGAGGAGGGUAAGAAGCAACAGGGGAUGAGGCUGGAGGAGUUGUUGCAGGUUGGGGGUGUGUGUGUGAGACCUCUAAGCAGACAGCUGGCCAUCUCUCUCCCCUCUCUACCUCUCGGACUCUGGGAUAUAUCACACACACACACACACACUCCCCCCUCACACACACACUCUUACUCUGACCCCCAACACACACACCCUCCACCCUCACGGACAAACCCUGAGCAUCCACACACACACUCCGACCGUCUACCCACCCCCCGCUCCUACCGCAGUCAGCCCCACCCCUCUCCCUCCACUGCCUCUCCUCAUUGGCCCGAUCAAGGUUCUGCCGCCAACACCGUCACACGUCAUUGGUCCUCCUGGAGCUUGGACCGCCCAGAUGCCGUGGUUACGCCAUAUGACACACCUCCAGACCGCCGCCUCUCCGUUAGGCCACAUCUCCCCUACCGAAACUACAACUCCCAGCCUGCCCCUCGGCAGCAUGACCCCUGUGACCCUCAGGAGGCAGGGUUAUCAGAGCUGGACUUCCUGUACCGGGCCAGCCUCCAGGCAGGAAGUAGAGGUACGUACUGCAGGCUGUAGUUGUGUGUAUGUAGCUGUGUGUCUAGUAAAUGUAUGAAGGUGUGUAUGUACAGUGGGGCAAAAAAGUAUUUAGUCAGCCACUAUUUGUGCAAGUUCUCCCACUUAAAAAGAUGAGAGAGGCCUGUAAUUUUCAUCAUAGGUACACGUCAACUAUGAAAGACAAAUUGAGAAAAAAAAAUCCAGAAAAUCACAUUGUAGGAUUUUUUAUGAAUUUAUUUGCAAAUUUUGGUGGAAAAUAAGUAUUUGGUCACCUACAAACAAGCAAGAUUUCUGGCUCUCACAGACCUGUAACUUCUUCUUUAAGAGGCUCCUCUGUCCUCCACUCGUUACCUGUAUUAAUGGCAUCUGUUUGAACUUGUUAUCAGUAUAAAAGACACCUGUCCACAACCUCAAACAGUCACACUCCAAACUCCACUAUGGCCAAGACCAAAGAGCUGACAAAGGACACCAGAAACAAAAUUGUAGACCUGCACCAGGCUGGGAAGACUGAAUCUGCAAUAGGUAAGCAGCUUGGUUUGAAGAAAUCAACUGUGGGAGCAAUUAUUAGGAAAUGGAAGACAUACAAGACCACUGAUAAUCUCCCUCGAUCUGGGGCUCCACGCAAGAUCUCACCCCGUAGGGUCAAAAUGAUCACAAGAACGGUGAGCAAAAAUCCCAGAACCACACGGGGGGACCUAGUGAAUGACCUGCAGAGAGCUGGGACCAAAGUAACAAAGCCUACCAUCAGUAACACACUACGCCGCCAGGGACUCAAAUCCUGCAGUGCAAGACGUGUCCGCCUGCUUAAGCCAGUAAAUGUCCAGGCCUGUCUGAAGUUUGCUAGAGUGCAUUUGGAUGAUCCAGAAGAGGAUUGGGAGAAUGUCAUAUGGUCAGAUGAAACCAAAAUAGAACUUUUUGGUAAAAACUCAACUCGUCGUGUUUGGAGGACAAAGAAUGCUGAGUUGCAUCCAAAGAACACCAUACCUACUGUGAAGCAUGGGGGUGGAAACAUCAUGCUUUGGGGCUGUUUUUCUGCAAAGGGACCAGGACGACUGAUCCGUGUAAAGGAACGAAUGAAUGGGGCCAUGUAUCGUGAGAUUUUGAGUGAAAACCUCCUUCCAUCAGCAAGGGCAUUGAAGAUGAAACGUGGCUGGGUCUUUCAGCAUGACAAUGAUCCCAAACACACCGCCCGGGCAAUGAAGGAGUGGCUUCGUAAGAAGCAUUUCAAGGUCCUGGAGUGGCCUAGCCAGUCUCCUGAUCUCAACCCCAUAGAAAAUCUUUGGAGGGAGUUGAAAGUCUGUGUUGCCCAGCGACAGCCCCAAAACAUCACUGCUCUAGAGGAGAUCUGCAAGGAGGAAUGGGCCAAAAUACCAGCAACAGUGUGUGAAAACCUUGUGAAGACUUACAGAAAACGUUUGACCUGUGUCAUUGCCAACAAAGGGUAUAUAACAAAGUAUUGAGAAACUUUUGUUAUUGACCAAAUACUUAUUUUCCACCAUAAUUUGCAAAUAAAUUCAUUAAAAAUCCUACAAUGUGAUUUUCUGGAUUUAUUUUUCUCAUUUUGUCUGUCAUAGUUGACGUGUACCUAUGAUAAAAAUUACAGGCCUCUCUCAUCUUUUUAAGUGGGAGAACUUGCACAAUUGGUGGCUGACUAAAUACUUUUUUUCCCCACUGUAUAUAGUGAGUAUGAUCCCUGACCUCCAGCCUAUGCCCUGUGUGUGUCUAGGUGGUAGUCCAGCCAGGAGGCUGCAGGGUGGGGUAGGAUGGCCAGCUCGUUCCCUCACCCCCAACGCCAACGUGGAGAUGAGUGUGUACCGGACUGACUGCAGCAGCACUAUUGGCCGCAGUCUGAGCGGCACAAUCAUCAACCCGCGUCGCCAUCGUCUCACCGCAACACGCAGCUUUGUGAGUGUAUCCUACACACACGCACACACAUGCACUGCUGCACUCCAGUGGUCAUGUUGUAGACCUGCAUCUCUGUUUUACCUUCAAUUCUCAUCUACACACUAUCAUCACACUGCUGGUCUCUCUCUCUCUCUCCAUUCCUCUCUCUCUCUCUCUCCAUCCCUCUGUCUGUCUCUCUCUCUCUCUCUCUCUCUCUCUCUCUCUCUCUCUCUCUCUCUCUCUCUCUCUCUCUCUCUCUCUCUCUCUCUCCCCUUCUGAAGGUGAAUCAGACAGAUGUCAGGGCCUCUGCUUCUUACCUAAUCUCCUCUGAGACCCUGUAUUGCUACAGCAUCAUCAUCAUCUUCAUCAUCAUCAUUACCAUCACACCAGUCCUUCCAUAUCUCCAUUCAGGUAAUGUUGACGUCACCCCUUACCCUUCACCUCUGGGGCCUGUCCGUCACUCUGUGUUGUUCCUCCCCCUGCAGGAGAUGCCCAAUGGUGCAGGGAGUUUCUGGUGUCUGACUGGGGUGAAGCUGUCUUCAGACCACUGA